UGCGGGGUUGAGGGCCCUGAUGGUCAAGCAAAAGGAACCGUUUUCUUCGGAGUCAAAAAAAUGCCGCAGGAGUUGCGAGUGGUUUGCUGUUUUGAAUGUAGAAAAUAUCAGUCCGACAUAGUGAAAAAAUCGAAAAAAUGGACCUGCAAAAUGUGCGGUGCUAAACAGUCGCUCAUCAAGGAAUACAUACGCGGUUCGGGUCGGGAAUGUCGGCUGAUGGUGCAGCAGCUGAGCGUAAGUUCGCAAAAGAUGGACCAAUCCGAAAGAGAUGUAGCAGAGCUAGUGCUGACAGGUAAGAUGGAACCACCUUUGAUUGAGAACUCAAUCCGAGAGGAAUCGGAACGAUUGGUGGCUAAUCGCAAUCAAGCACCAGAUAUGAAAAAGGAUAAUAGUUUCAGUAAAUGGGAAAGUUUCUGCUCGAAGACAGAUGACGAAAAAUGUGACGAUAACAUGCAAGUAAAGGUUCAAGAGAGAUCGUUGUGCAAUUGGGUUAGAGGUGAAAAAAAUAUCCUCAGGGUGGACGAUAAAAAAACAGAAAAUUCCGCUCCAUCAGAACCUAGAAAUGCCUUUGAAAGUUCAGGCUCUACGUCAAGAUUGAAACCACUUGCAGAUUUCCAUAGAAUGAGUCAACAGGAUAAAAAACAUUUCAAAUGGCAACCUAAAACUAAAUUUGAUACCAAUCCUAAAUCUAUUCCUUCCGAGGUAAGAGUUAGUUGCACUAAUAUUAAUAACGAUGAACCACUGGUCACAUCUAAGCCCAAACCACACUCGUUUUUGAAGGAACAAUCCUCCAUAGAGCCUAAUAUAAAUGGUGCUUCUGCAAAAAGGCAAUCAUGUGUUAAAGAAUUCCAUGUUACUCAAAUUCCUUUGAUGAGCUUUGCAAAGAAAUCGAAAUGGUCGGAUUCCGGUUCUUCAGAAUCACAGGAAACUAUGCAAUCAAAUAUUGAAGCAUCCGGUUCACUCUCACAACAGCAAAUACCACCAGACUCUGCUUCCAAAUGGAGCAAAUUUAUUUCACAUACCAUGCAAGAAACCGAAGAAUAUGAUUAAUAAGCCGUUGCGUGUCUUACAGAAUGUAUUAAAGUCAUCUCGAGCAAUUAUUUUAAAAUACAAAAAAGUAAAUAACCAGUACGAUAA